AUGGCUCCCCCUUCCCCAAGCCAUCUGCACGGGAUUGUGGAUAUGGGCAGCAACGGCAUCCGCUUCUCCAUCUCGGACCUCUCCCCGCCCACCGCCCGCUCCCUCCCCACCGUCUUCCAAUCCCGCCUCGGCGUCUCCCUCUACGACGCGCAGUACAGCAACCCCAGCAACCCUCACCUCCGGAUCCCCAUCCCGCAAUCCACCAUCGACUCCGUCGUCGAAGCCCUACUUCGCUUUAAGAUCACGUGCUCCGACUUCGGGGUCCCGGAAUCAAACAUCCAGGUCCUAGCGACCGAGGCGACGAGAACGGCGAUCAACUCGGUCGAGUUCCGGGAUCAGAUCCGGGAAGCGACGGGAUGGCGGGUGCAGAUGCUGGCGAAGGAGAUGGAGGGAAGGAUCGGGGCGAUGGGGGUGGCGAGUAGUUUUCAGGGCGUGCAGGGCUUGGUCAUGGAUCUGGGAGGCGGCAGUACGCAACUAACCUGGCUGAGCUCGCACGCCGGCACCAUCCAGACCGACCCGCAAGGCUCGAUCAGCUUCCCCUACGGCGCCGCGGCCCUGAUGCGGCAACUCAGCUACCUCAAAUCCCACGACCCGGGGGGCUCCGCCGCCCACGCCUCCCUAGCCUCGGAGAUGCAAACCUCCUUCCGCGCCGCCUACGCCUCCCUCUCCAUCCCUUCCGCGCUCCAGACUUCCGCGGCGCAGAACGGCGGCUACACGCUCUACCUCUCCGGCGGCGGCUUCCGCGGCUGGGGCUACCUGCUCAUGUCGCAGGCCCAGCCGAACCCGUACCCGAUCCCGCUCAUCAACGGCUUCCGCGUCUCCAAAUCCGACUUCCAAUCCGUCACCCGCAUCCAGGAGAUCGCCGCCCAGAGCAGCAGCAGCAGCAGCGCCGACAAACACGGCGAAGAGAGCAUCUUCCGCGUCUCCAAACGGCGCGCUGCCCAGGUCCCCGCCGUCGCGUUCCUGGUCAACGUGCUGUGUCUCGCCAUCCCGGAGAUUGCGGAGAUACGCUUCUGCCAGGGCGGAGUGAGGGAGGGGGUGCUGUUCCAGAGCCUGGAUGCCGAGACGCGGGCGCUGGAUCCGCUGAGCGCGGCGAGUGCGAAGCUCGGCUCCGCUUCUGCGGGCGAGAUCGCCGACCUGUUGGCUGAUGCCCUGCCCCUAAACAACAACAACAGCAGCAGCAGCAGCAGCAGCAGCAACAAGGGUAACCACAACCGAUCCGGGAAACAGGAGUUGGAACACACGUCGCUGGCGAAAGAGUCAGCCUCGCUCGCCGCGCUCUACGCGCCCCUGACGGGCGUCCUGGCCUCCGCGCACGCCGUCUCGCAUCCCCAGCGUGCCAUGCUGGCGCUCAUGCUCUGUCAGCGCUGGUCGGGCGAGCUGGCGCCGCCGCAUGGGAGUCUGCGGGAUCGGCUGCGCCAGCUGCUAGGCCGCGACGAGGUGUGGUGGUGUAGCUACCUGGGCUCAGUGGCCGCGCUGGUGGCGGACGUGUAUCCCGCUGGGCGGGUGGAGAGGGGGAGGGAGAGGGUCGCUUUUAAUGCGAGUUGGGGCGCGGGGAUGGGGAAGAAGGGCGUGGAUGAGGGUGUUAGAUUGGCGGUUUGCACGCGCGAGGGGGGGAUGUGA